GGGAGAGACGCGUCUACAGACGAAGCGAGCAUAGACAGGGAUGACUUCCUGCAUAGAGGUGGUGGAGGACUGAUGAGCGACAACGGUUCGCCUAGAGUGCCGACGUUGAAGGAAAGGAUCGCUGCGGCAGAAAGGGAGAAUGCGGCUACUUUUGGGAAGAAAAUCAAGAGUCAGGCCGCGUACUCGAUGACAGGGAGUCCAAGAGUACUAACUAAUCAUGUUAAUCGCGCAUCAUCUUCCUCAAAUAAAGACCAGCACCAGUCUGCAACAACAACAUCAGCCGCAGUGGUUCCUAAGCUCAAUCUUGGUGCAGCUCGUGGUGAUGCUGCAGUUGCUGCACGUGCAUGGCAUACAGAGACUGAGAAAGACAUCAUUUCAUCUGGUAGUUUGCAGAUACAGUCUCAGCCUCAGCAUGGUGCAACUGGUAAAAAAGUAAUCCUGGAAAAAUGUGGUCCAUCUUCUUCAGAUAAGACCGAUCAUGAUGGCCCAAAGCAGGUCCUGAUGAGCGAACAACAAGCUUGGCAUGGCGCUUUUACAUCUUCAAUAAAAAAUCAUGCAGAUCAAGGAGGUGGCAAAGGAAAGGAAAAGAGACCACUAGAUGGUAAAUCUUCCUCUUCGACCAAAGAUACAUCAUCCAACAGCAAAAGUAGAGUCAACAAACUAGACAAGAACCAGCAUUGCGUUUACACAAAGGCGGACGUUUUGCGAAUUCUACAAGAUUGCAUCGUCAAGGACUCAGAAUUGGACAUGGAUUCACGUGUUGCUGGCAGUUCUCAGGAGAUCUUCGUGAAUUUCACAAGGUUACAAGAAGUAGUGCUUGAGAAUUUCGAACAUCGGUUUAAAAAAGCCACGUUUUUGGUGAAGAAAGUACGCGAUCCGGGAUUGACAGCGUUGGCGACGGGAGUUAUGGAACAAAGAAUUUGAAAGUUGUAAGUGUAACUUUCGAGGAGGAGGUCUGCCUUUCAACAAGGCUGGCCGCUGUUUGUGUUUCAUCUAUUUGUAUUUUAGUUUAGUUUGAAUCAAUUCUUUCCGUUUCCUUUUCCAUCGUCAUGAUAUUCUUCAUCGUGUCUAAGGCCCGUGCCGACACCGCUAUCGAGGUCCUCAUGAAAAACGUGAAUUGGGUGAAGGAGCGCGCGGCACCAGCUCUACAUGGCGAGCCUUUUGUGCAACAACUAGUUGAAGAACGUGUGGCGAGAGAUGGGACGUUUCUGAUGCAACCGAUUCCCGGGUACUCUUCUAGACGCUCACCCAGACCAAAGUCUCCAAGGCGUCACGGCUCAAAGAAGGCAUUGGAUGCGAUGGCUAAGGACAAGUUGAAAUUGCCACAAUUGAAUGUGAGUGGAGGAAACGGAACACACAAUUGGUGGGCGAUUUGAGUAGGGGUAAGAAUGUUCUGGGUAGACAGUGUUUUGUGGACAAGGAGGUCGAUUAUGUUGAACAGAAAUUUCAUGAAGAAGUGGCCAUAGCAUUACUUCGGAGCAUAUGAAAAGUUGACAAUAUAGACGAGGACGCGGUCCUUUAACAAACUGGUAAAACAACUACUAGUAUCCACCUAUUAUGGAAGUGCGAUUAUAUUUUGGUCGAAUGAAAAGAAUUAUUCUUAUGCACAGACAACUUUAUGAACAUAGAGAGCUAGACAGAUGAUUUUUUUGCACAAUUAUCGAUCCAUUCUACAUAUUCCUUGGUCUUAUGGGUUCCAUUCAUCAUGUACAUAAGUAACUGAUUUGAGCAUCCUCAUUCUAGUAUUUAUUGCGAUUGAAUUAUAGAAACUUUAGAUUUUUGUUAUAAAGUGUUUUGGAAAAUAAGUUGAGAUUGAUUUGUAAUGAGAACAUUACGAGAUUGGUCGAUGUUGAUGUGAUUCAUGCAUAAGAUUUCCAGAAAAAGAACACGAGUCAGAAAUCAACAUUUCCGCAAAGCGACGGACGUUUCUCGCAGCCUGAUUUGCUUAGGGACGAAAUAGGACUGCGAUUGUUUCGCAGCGGUGUACCUCGAAUAGCCAAUAUCUCAGACCGCACCACCUGAC